CAGCGCAUGCACAUGUCACUGCAUGUCGUUACGUGUGUGUAUGUGCAGUCAGUCGAUGUAACAGAUUUUCUAACCUCGAAAGUCUGCAGCUUCAACGCUCGAUAACUCGCUUCGAGGAGGAAGAGCGACGGUUUUCUUGUUGGAUUUUUUAGUUUCGCGCAACGAAUCAAUCUAAUUUUAUCAAUAUUGGCACCGGUGGUAUUGUUUUGAAUAACACAAUUCGUUUUCGUCUUCUCGUCGCGUCACCGAAAGACAUACACAACGGCAUGCGUGAGACGUGCACGUAAAUUUUUCAUUUGUGAUUCGCGCCUGUGAACGUACUUUUCGUUGUCUAUCGGCGAGAAAGAUCGUGCGAGACGCCGCUGCGCUUUGUAUUUUCGCCAGCGACAAUGGUGCGUAACGUGAGAACCACGGCCGAGAUGCCCUGGGACACCUUGGUUUCCAGCCUCAGCUGUAUGCUGAAGAACAGUCCUCUUGACGGUGAUGGAAACGGUUUGAAAUGCGAAACCCAAGUGAUCACCCGUUUGUUGUCCGACGAGGUGGUUGUAAAAUCUGUGAAAGCAUGGCUGAAGAAUCUUUACAACAAAAAAGAUAAAAGGGAAGACAAAAAGAAUUUGGAAGUAUCGAGAAUAUUCAAGUCAUGUGGAUACAAGGAGUUUCAAUCGAAAAAUUAUGCCGUGUCAGUUCAGUCGUAUACAAAAAGCGCGGUAUACGCUCCAUCAGGCAGUGAGGAUUUGCCGGUGGCAAUCGCAAACAGGUCAGCCUCUCUGUUCUAUUUGGACAGAUGGCAGGACUGUAUUGAAGACAUCAAACUGGCGAUUAAAUUAGACUAUCCUAAAAGUUUGCGCUAUAAACUGUGCAUUCGUGCGGCACAAUGUUACAUAAAACUAGGCAAGAAGAGAGCUGCUGAGGAAGCUAUUGUUCAAGCUCAUGAAAUAAUAAACGAGUUUAUUGUUCCGGGUGAAAAGAAAGCUCGAUUGGAGGAGCAAAUCAGUGAGAUACGAACGAAGAUAUCGUGCAUGGAAGAUAACGUAGAUGACGUGGACACCACAAAAUCUUUACUGCCAGAAGUCGCAUUUGGCGAAAAUCCCAAUUUUCGUUCCGCAUCGCAGGCUAUAGAAGUAAAACACACGUCCAAGAAAGGAAGACAUAUUGUAGCUAACAAGAAGAUAAAAAAGGGACAGAUUCUUAUUGUUGAGAAGGCGUUCGCGUUUGUUUCGUUAAUCUACGAUAAUAACGACAAUGUUUGCCAUAAUUGUUGCCGAUCGUACGACGAUACUCCUAUGCCAUGUACAGAGUGUAUCGAUACGAAAUAUUGCAAUAUGAAUUGUUUGGAUGAGGCGUCUUCGUCUUACCACCGAUGGGAAUGUCCUGGCAAUCAGAUGGGUCUUUGGCAAGAGAUCGGAGUGGCGUAUUUGGCCUUGAAAGUAUUAUUUAAAUGCGCGACUACGACCGAUAGAUUUAACGAAGUUCAACAACUGGUGACCAAUCUCGAUAAACUAACACCCACCGAUGUUAUUUCGUACGGGAUUACGGCAGUCAUGCUUAUGAUGUAUCUGUCACAUUACACCGAGUUUUUCAGACAUGUCAAUAUCAAAGACUGCUUGGUCAUGAAGUUCAAAUACAACGAUUUAAUAACGACCAAUUGUUACUUCUCGAACGCGAACUUUGUAACGGAGACCGAUGAGGUGUACAUAAGUUCUUUAAUACUGAGACAUAUAUUGCAAAUUAUUUCGAACGGGUACGCUAUUACGAAGAUAAACACGACGACGGACAAAGACAGGGACAAUCUGUAUACUCUGCAACAAGACAGAAUAGCCACCGCAAUUUAUCCAUCCGCAAGUAUGAGCAAUCAUUCUUGUGAUCCGAAUAUAAUUAACAGCUUCAUAGAUCAAUAUUUGAUAAUUAAAGCCACGAGAGAUAUCGAAGAGGGUGAGGAAGUUUGUCACUGUUACGGAAGUGAUUUCAGAAGAGUUCCGAAAGCAGAAAGGCAGGAAAUGCUAGAAAGUCAGUAUUGCUUCGUAUGUGAUUGUCCACCGUGCAGCGUACCAGAAUAUGAAUAUUUUAUGAAAAAAUUUACGGCAAUGAAGUGCCCUCAAUGCAGCGGGCCGUUGAGUGACAUCACCACCAGCUCUUACAGUUGCUUGGAUUGCGGAGCCGAUAUCUUCGAAGUUAAUUACGUGUUUAAAUUGAGACAAGCUCAAGCUCGUUUUGACGAAGCCGAGAUUUGCAUGGAAAACGGACGGUACGAAGAGGCUCUGGUGCAUUUGAAGGAAUGCUUCUAUCUCAGAAGAGAUGUGUUGUACAAGUAUCACGAGGACAUUACAGUAACCAUGGAUGUUAUCGCGAAAGUAUACAGCGGAUUGGAGCAAUGGUUGAACGCCAUCUCGUAUCUCGAGCACAGCAUCGUCGCGAUCGAAGAAAGAUACGGAUCCACAAGCAUAGAAGUUUGCAACGAAUUGAACAAGUUGACGGAUAUAUGUAUUAAAUAUUUGCAGGAAGAAUCCAACACGGCGUCCAAGUUUUACAAAAACACUUUGAAAAAGACUCGGCGGUAUCUGAAUCAAGCUGAGGAAAUCAUAGACAUCACUUACGGUCCGUGGAAUGAAGUUUACCAAGAAAUAGCCGUGAAGAAACAGAUUCUUUCCUCGAUUUUAGAAAACUUCAACGUCUGAUACAUAAAAUGUGAUGCAUAAAUACAUGACGGAUGAAUAAAUACAAAGCUAUGAAAUAUCUGUUACACGUAUCAUCAUGUAUUUCUUGGUAAUGACAUGAAAAGAAGUUUUAUCAUUCUAUUUUGCUGUACAUAUACAUACAUGUUUAUUCUCUUAUUUUUUUUAAAUUAUUUAUAUUUAUAUACCAUGCCAUUAUUUAAAGAUACGAAAAGCAUGUGUGAUAUUGUAAAUUUUAUUUUACUCGAGUUACUUAUUGUGCUUUUCAUUAAAGACUGUUUGAAAAGAAUAUUUUUUUUAUUUUUUAUUUAUAUCGCAAUAUAUAUACACUUUGACAAAUUUAAACUUGCACAUUCGUUUUACGCUGAUGUUCUUCAAGAUGUUUGAGUUUGAUUUUUUUCGUUAUUGUUCCUUUUCAAAUGAUUUACAAUUUAAUAUUAAUUAUACUGCCGUACUGUAUGUUAACGCAAAUCACAAUAUUACUUUUUACUUUUAACGUUAAAGAAUCUUCUAUUAAUUUUGUAUUUGACUUAACAGUAUUUUGCUCUU